AAGAGCUGCGUUGCUUAGCGACAGUCAGCUGAAACAGCUGGCGGGAAAAACGGCGAGUUGUUUCGAAGUUCUCAACUCGGAUAAAUGAGUUUAAUAAAACUUUAUAAUUGUAUUUUGACUAUAUUUAAAAAAAAAACAUUUUGGUUGUUAAGUGAACUGCUUUCACAAUGGCACCAGUUAGAAUUAAACAUGUUGUCUCGUUCACGUCAGAGGACCCGAAGCACCGUGUGGUGAACCUGUGCUCUGGCGGUGGAGUUAGCAGGCCGUGGCUGUGCAGUGCAGCCGAGCGGAGCGGCCUGCUUAAAGCCGAGCUGCAGCUGGAGCGGGCCUCCACCAUCGCCUUUAUUGAUGUGGGAAACCAUGGCUCUGCAUUCAUUCAGGUGGAUGUUGGCCGUUCUUCAUGGUCUAUAGAUCAUGCUUAUGUCCCACUGCUGCCCACUGCGACCCUGAUGAGCCCGGCUGAUUCACGACAAGGCACAGGAAAGCACACUGUGCGCAUGUUCAAAAAAGGUGACUUCUUGCCCCAGGCUGCUGAAGAGAGCUGGGACAGGCUGAGGGUCACCUGCAGUCAGCCCUUCAACAAGCGCAACCAAUUUGGUCUGUCUUUCUUUCGUGUCCGCACUGCUGAUGAACACACUGAAGAGCCAUCUGCCAAUCAGGAGAACCCAACUACCAAAAAUCAGAGUACACCAGAUAAGAUGUGGUCAGUAAGAGAGUGGAUCUCCAGCCCUCCUGUACAACACACCUUCUUUGGCCAAAAGACAGGAGAAAGCUCUCCAGGAGAACCCACAAAGGAUCCGGGGAGACUGAGCAGGGCAGAGCGCAUGGUAACAGCUGCACAGUCAAUCAGGCGCUCUCUACACAAAACGUCCUGCAGUGCAUUAAUCAGCAAUAACGAGAGACAGGAGAAGACCCAGAACACAAAGCAUGGUCCAGCCAGGACUCCUCAGGCAUGCAGGAGAAAGUCAGAAACAGUACAAGAGCAGGCAAGCAUGUCCUCUACUCCAAAGAGGUCCAGAUGUGGUACAUCAGAUGUUACUGCCACCAAGAAGAAAAACAAUGCAUUCAGACACAGCCCUAUUAAAUCUCAUAUACCAACAACAUCACCACCAAAGAACAGCCCAGAUUAUCCUGAACCUCCUGAGACUGUAUGCCCAAUAUGUGGCGUGUCUUUCAGCCCAGACUACUUGCCGCUUCAUGCCUCUUCCUGUCUGGAUUCUGGUUCAGUUGAGUUCUCGAGUGUCAUGGAGAGAGAACCUGGGUCAUAUUUUUCCUUUCAUCCACCUUCUGAUCCAAGCACGGAUGAGUUCCUGGUGCCAUGUCCUCUGUGCUCCAUCAGGUUCCCUACAGACUGCAUCCAACAGCAUGCCAGUACCUGUGGUGACACUGUGUGGUUGGACUAAGUGUCGUCCUGACUGGGUAAAUGCGUCAGCCAAAUGAACAAAUGUAAAAUCAGUGAUUACAGUAAGUCUAAAAUCCUUUGGAGGACAAUGUCGGUCAGUAAAUCUAAUGAAAUAAUGAGGAAUGACGUAAUUUAUGUGUGGCUUCUCACGCCUUAGCUGGAGGACAAGGAGUAUCAGUGUCACCAUGUUUUCUAAUGAUAUCUAAUGUCAUGGUGGGUAUAAUGUGUACGGCACUGAAAUAUUGGACUGAAUCUGAGACUCAAAGAAUUUCCACAUGAAUGUGGAAAGAAUAUUGUAUUUUUUUCCAAUGUGGUAAAGAUGUGUUUGUAUUAUUUAAAUAUUUUAAUACUUGACUUUUAAUGUUCUUAACUUUGUAAAAUCUGGAAUUGUUUUAUACAAAAAUAU